GGCAGACUCGCCCCGGGCUGAUUGGCUCCCGGGGCCAGCCCCCUCGAAGCGCUUUAUAAGAGAUGGGGCGUCGGGGCGGCCAGCCCGCUCGCCCGCGCGCCCGGAGCAGCGCCCGGCUCUGAGCGCUCCCGUCGAGGCCCGCCUGGCCCGCCGGCUCCGCGCCGCCCGUGGACUGGCCACGCGGGCUCCCGGCGGCGAGGGGAGCAGCGAGCAGGAGGCGAGCGCCCGAGGGAGCGGGCGGAGCGCCAUGCGCCGCGCCAGCCGAGACUACACCAAGUCCCUGCGCGGCUCCGAGGACAUGGGCAGCGGCGGCGCCGGCGCCCCGCACGAGGGCCCCCUGCACGCCCCGCCGCCCGGGGCCCCCGCCCCGCACCCGCCCGCCGCCGCCUCCCGGGUCAUGUUCGUGGCGCUCCUGGGGCUGGGGCUGGGCCAGGUGGUCUGCAGCGUCGCCCUGUUCCUCUACUUCCGAGCGCAGAUGGAUCCCAAUAGAAUGUCAGAAGAUGACACUCACUGCAUUAAUAGAAUUUUCAAACUCCAUGAAAACACAGAUUUGCAAGACACAAGUCUGGAGAGUCAAGACACAAAAUUGAUACCUGAUUCGUGUAAGAGAAUUAAACAGGCCUUUCAAGCAGCUGUGGGAAAGGAAUUACAGCAUAUUGUUAGAUCUCAACACAUCAGAGCAGAAAAAGCUACAGUGGAAGGUUCAUGGUUAGAUCUGGCCAGGAGGAGCAAGCCUGACACUCAACCUUAUGCUCAUCUCACUAUUAAUGCCACUGACAUCCCAUCAGGUUCCCACAAAGUGAGUCUGUCCUCCUGGUACCAUGACCGAGGUUGGGCCAAGAUCUCCAACAUGACUUUCAGCAAUGGAAAACUAAUAGUCAACCAAGACGGCUUUUAUUACCUGUAUGCCAACAUUUGCUUUCGCCAUCAUGAAACUUCGGGAGACCUUGAUACGGAGUAUCUUCAGCUGAUGGUCUAUGUCACUAAAACCAGUAUCAAAAUCCCAAGUUCCCAUACCCUGAUGAAAGGAGGAAGCACCAAAUACUGGUCAGGGAAUUCUGAAUUCCAUUUUUACUCUAUAAAUGUUGGAGGAUUUUUUAGAUUACGGUCUGGUGAGGAAAUAAGCAUCGAAGUAUCCAACCCUUCACUACUGGAUCCAGAUCAAGAUGCAACGUACUUUGGGGCUUUUAAAGUUCGAGAUAUAGAUUGACCCCCAUUUUGUGGAGCAUAUUGUAUAUUUCCUAGGACGUUUGGGAACUUAUCAUUUAAGUAAGCCAAGAAAGAUGUACAUAGGUGUGUGAGACUACUAAGAGGUAUGACCUACGUGGUAUAAGAAGACUCUAUCCAGCUUUUGACCCUGUAGAGAGCAUGUGUAUUUAUAGCCAAAGGGAGAUGUUAGACUCAAGGUGUGUUACAGUCUGAAGGCUUUCUUACACAAUGGUUUUAAAUUUUGUAAUGAAUUCCUAGAAUUAAACCAGAUUAGAGCAAUUAUGGUUGCCUUUAUGGAAAACUGCAUUUUGGCCACAGGCGGGGUUAAUUCUCUGGAUCUAGCCCUUUUUUAUGUGCCACUCUGCAGCGGAAGCAGAGAGAGUGUUAUCUAAUUGCAAAAGGAUGAUCAUCUAAAGGGUUAUGUUCUUUUGAAUUGUUACAUCAUGCUGGAACCUGCAAAUAAAUACUUUUUUCUAACGACGAGAGAAAAUAUAUGUAUUUUUAUAUAAUAUCUAAAGUUAUAUUUCAGAUGUAAUGUUUUCUGUGCAAAGUAUUGUAAAUUAUAUUUGUGCUAUAGUAUUUGAUUCAAAAUAUUUAAAAAUGUCUUACUGUUGACAUAUUUAAUGUUUUAAAUGUACACAUAUUUAACUGGUGCACUUUGUAAAUCAGCUGGGGAAAAAUUGCAGCUAAGGGAAAAAUAUUGUUUGUUAAUAUCAACUGUAUUAUAUUUCUUCAUUCUUUUUAACUUAAUAGAUUUUUCAGACUUGUCAAGCCUGUGCAAAAAAAAAAAAGUAAAAUGAAUGCCUUGAAUAAUAAGCAGAAUGUUGGCCACGAGGUGCCUUUCACAUUUAGAAGCUAAUUGGCUUUAGAAAGCUGACAUCACCAAAAGGAUACAUAAUGGGAGACUGGAAUCUGUCAAGAGUAUUUAUAUAAUUAUUGAACAGGUUUUUUUUUUUUCUACAAGUGUUGCAAAUUGUAAAUGUUUUUAUUUUAAAUGGAAAAUGUAUCGGUGGCUUAUCAGCAAAAGAAACCCUUUUUUAAUUGAGCAAAAGUUAUUUUAUACUGUACAAUAAAAACAUUGCCUUUGAAUGUUAAAUUUUUUUGGUACAAAAAUAAAUUUAUAAG